CGAUCUUCUGUGGUUUUCCGAACAAACGCCACCGCCGCACGUAGCCCUCCUCCCCUGCUCCUCAUCUGCUGACCCUCUCUACCCAGCACGCCAGUCCUCCAUCGGAAAUUACCUCCGCCAUUCUCCUCUUCCUCGGAUCGUCUCAGCCACUCCACCUCCUCUGCCGCCGUCGUUGUCUUCCUCCGUCUCAGCUCGUCAUUUGCCUCCAAUGUCUCUCCCUCAUUCAUGCUGUUGCAAAUGAAUUAGUAGCUGAAUUUGCAAAUCCUAACAAUAGUCUUUCAUCUGUAGAUCAGGAUAUGUUAACCAUGUCCUUGCAGCGUCCCAUAGUAGUCCUACUAUAUUGGGGAGGCAAAAUUAUUUUGUCAGGAGAAUCUAUAGCGUAUGAUCCUCCGAUUUGCCAAAAAGUUCUCAUACUGAAGGAACGAAUAGGUUAUGAUGAGUUGGUUAAUAGGAUCUAUAAUGCCAUGAAACUGGACCGAGAUAAAUUUAGAGUCCACUUGACAUUUAGAAACAGAGUAGAAUAUGGCAAUGGCUUUGCCAUAUUAUUUGGUAUGCCACUGAUGAAUGACAAAGGAGUUGAUGUAUUCUACUACCUGAAAAGUUCAACACCAGAAUAUGCAGCUGAGAUUUACAUUGAUGUUGAGGACCAACAGCAUGUUGACCAGACAAACAUACAGUUGGCCCUAAAUACAUAUGCACAAUUGAACUCCUCGAAUAUUGCAUCCCAACUGGUCCAACCCUUUGUAGGUGGUACAGGAGGCAAAUAUGCUGCCCAAUUUGCACCAUCAAUCAGUGCGGCCCCUCUAGCAUCCAAUGUGAAUCGUAAUAGAAGUAGUGGGCGCUACAAUGAGAGCCAUACCAUCCAGAGGCAGUUGUCUUGGUUGACUAAGCUUGCAGAAAAUCAGCACUCGGAACUACCUACAUUCUCUGCUCCCUCCACAGGUGAGCCUAUUGAUCUGAUAAUUGAUGAAGUAGAUUCUGAACCGGAACCAAGUGAUGAUGAUUCUGGUGAUGAUAACCUUGCCAAUGAUGGAUCAGGCUAUGCCGGGGAUGGUCAAGCAAAUGAUCAUAUAGCAUGUGAUGAAGGUUCACCUUGGCCCUCUAAUGUGACACCAUCACUUUGGGAUGAUGCCAGUGUUAGUGCAACAUUGCCGUUUGAUGGGGGAAAUGGAGGUCAUGCAGAGCACUUGAAUGUGUGGAACGAGCAUACCAUGGACCUACGGUUGGGGAUGUUAUUUGACAGCAAGAAGCAUGUUUCUAGAGCUGUGAAAUUAUGGUCAAUCAAGCAAAAUAGAGAAUAUGAAGUUUGUGAGAGCAAACAAAAUACGUGGUUUGUAAAGUGUAAGAACCGAAGCUCCCACCCACCUUGCAAUUGGCAGUUAAGGGCAACUCUGUGGCAUACUCAGAUGAUGUGGAUGAUUGUUUCUUUUGUCAAGAGCCACACUUGUGUUCGAGUCUCCAACAGCAUUGACCAUAUGCAGUUAUCUUCUAAUAUAGUAGUCGAGUAUAUCAUGCAUCACCUUAAGAGUUGUCCUAUUUACCGUAUUAAAGAAAUUCAGGCAGCAAUUAAGGAAAUGUUUCACAUUGAUAUUUCAUAUAGGAAGGCAUGGUAUGCUCGGCGUAGGGCUAUUGAUCUGGUGUACGGUGAUUGGCCAACGUCCGUUUCUCAACUGCCUAAAUACAUGAAGGAAUUAGUUGCAACCAACCCAGGUACUGCUGUAGUGUGGAUGCAUCACCCUCAUAGCCAUGAUGGGAAUUUCAUAUUUGACUAUGUAUUUUGGGCUUUUGCUCCUGCUAUUCAAGCAUUUCCACAUCUAAAGCCGGUUGUAUGUGUUGAUGGGACUUUUAUGAAGGGCCCAUACAAAGCCAAGUUACUUACAGCCGUUGGAAUUGAUGCCAAUAAUCAUCACCUACCUCUUGCUUUUGCAUUGGUCGAUGAAGAAAGUAAUCGAAGCUGGAAAUGGUUUAUGAGACAGCUUAGAGUUCAUGUAUGUCAUGAUAUACAGGGGAUUUGUGUCAUAUCAAAUUGUCACAAAGGCAUCAUAAAUGCCAUGAAGACGCUAGAUGAUUGGAGGGAACCAGUGGCAAUGCAUCGUUUUUGUUUGGAUCAUGUGCUGAGCGAGUUCACCCAAAAAUUCAAAAACCGUAGAUUGAAGAAUCUGUGCUGGCUUGCUGGAGAUGCCCGACAAGAAUAUAAGUUUGACAAAUUCAUGAAUCAAAUAUGGGAACUGAAUCCCAAAGCCCAUGAGUGGUUGAUGAAAAAGGCAGUCGAACCCAGCCAGUGGGCACUGUCCAAAGAUGGCGGAUACCGAUGGGGCAUCACAUCAACAAACAUGGCAGAAUACUUCAACAAUGCCUUUAGGGAUGCUCGUUAUUUGCCAAUAAAGGCAUGUGUUGAGUUUACAUUCAAUCAGACCAUGGAACUCUUUUUGGAGAGUCGAAAAUUGCUAAGUGAUUGCCGAUAUCCUCUGCCAAAGUAUUCUUGGGACAAGUAUGUUGCCAAUCAUCAUAAAGCAAGAGGGCAUGAAGUGCAGAUUUUCCACGAGGCCAAUGGCUUUUACAGGGUUGUCACAGCUCGUCGGCCAGAUAAAAGAGGAGGAAAUCCACACUACGUCAAUUUUCGACUGGGCACAUGCAGUUGUCAGAAGUGGAAAGAAUUACGAUUCCCUUGUUCUCAUGUGAUAGCUACGUACUAUAGUUUAGGUAUGAAUCCAACAAAGCUGAUUGGAGAAGUGCACACAUUGGAUGCAUAUGUGCAGACCUAUUCGGGUAAAUUUCAACCUUUAAGGCAUCCUAGAUAUUGGGCAGAUGUAGAUUGCAAUUUUACCAUACUGUCCACUAGAUUGGCAAAGAAGUGACUAACUAGAGUUAAAACUGCAAGGAUACACAAAAAAAAUGGACAGCCUUUAUCCAAGAUGUGCCAAGGCGAUGCAGUCAUUGUUUUGCUGUUGGUCACAAUGUUUCGAACUAUCCAUUUUGACUCAUAGGGAUUAUUAAAGAGUGCCAGACAUGAGUCUUUUUAACUCGAAGUUUAUACAUGGUCAUUUCUGUUUAUAUGUAGUUGGCUGACUUUCUUUCAGUUGUCCACGGAUCAUGUAUUUUGCUUUCUAAUUCAGAACUUUCAUCAGUCGAUGUUGCUCAUACC